AUGAGCGCGGAAUCCUUACAGCGCGAGGGACGCGCUGCCUAUGAUAAAGGCGAAUUCUCUAAGGCGCUGGAAUACUACAAUCGCGCCGUUGGCAGAGGAAAUCCGAGCACGAAACUCCUCGACAGCGUUGCAGCGACUCACUACAGAUUGGGAGCUCUUGAAGCAGCACUCGCCGCAGCCAAGAAGACUAUCCAGACAUACCGCGAAGAUGCCACUGGUUACCUACGGGCUGGACAAGUUCUCCUCAAGAUGGAGAAGGAGAGCACUGCUUUGGAGAUUUACGCCUACGGAUUGAAGAGCAUCAAGCACGUCGGCGUUGGCUUUGAGAAGUUGAAGAAGGCGCACGAUGAUCUCCAGCAGCAACUGGCGCCCCAGAAGAGUAUCGACCCAUUGAGUGUGCUACCACGAGAGCUGGCGAUAUUCAUCCUGGAAUACCUCAACUUCCGCCAACGGAUCGCCAUUUCCCGAGUGUCGAAAGGCUGGAAGAGUUUCAUCAAAUCAGAGCCUACACUCUGGGCGCACUUGGACUUCUCGGGUGCGAGGAAGAAAGUUCGAACGUCGUUCAUCAGUACCGCUAUCAAUGCUGGGAGGUCGAAGAUUACUACUGCGACGCUGAACCAGCUUUGGGAUUUUGAUAAGACUCUCGCUGCGCUCAUCAAGCAUUGCCCGUUGGAGUCACUGGGGCUUGCGAAUACGGGCUUUCAGGGUCAGAAUCUGGUUGAUGCUCUGAAGAAGGCGACCAAGUUGAGGGAAUUUGCUAGCCAAACCGGGACUGACAUUGGCGACAAGACACUCCAGCUCAUACUGGAGUGCCGCGGAUCCACUCUUGAAGUGCUGAAGUUCUCAUCGAAGCAAACGAAGCUAUUCUUCCCACAGAGGUUAGACGCUCUCAAAUUGCCUGUCCUCACGACAUUCGACUUCGACGUGCCAGAGGUGAUCCCGUACUGGGAAGUACUCACACAACUUGUCACUCACUCGCCGAAGUUGCAGUCGUUGAGGUUUCUCCAUCUUGAUAUACCAGGGGUUCCUUUCCACCACGCCACUGCGCUACUAGACAACGACGUCUCGAACGACAAGAAACAGUUGUCGAAGUUGAAGGCGUUCUACAUUCACAACGCGGUUGUCGAGGGCAUUUCUGAUCCCUUCGAACUCCGCGGCCGCCUUUCGCAGCUGCAAGAGCUGGGCAUCACGCAUUGUUUGUCUUUGAAAGAUGAGCACGUCGACAUUCUGCUAGAGCAUGGCAAGAAACUUCAGAUCUUGGACUUGAGAUGCACUUCCAUCACUGGCGUGGCGGUCAAAGCUAUCGUACAGUCGGGAGGGGUGAAGAAGCUCGUGGCCUAUGACUGCGACAAGAUUGGAAGAGAUGCGAUCGACUGGGCGAGGAAGCAAGGUCUCCAGGUUGAUUUCAAGAUGACGAGCAACGAGACGGGAGGGAAGAAGGUUCGGUAUUGA